GUUUUGAAGAAGUUAAGUUUGCAGCAGAGGGAAAUUCAAAAAUAAUAAUAUGGAAACCUCUCGUUUAGAAGAGCUACGCGACAGUUUUAAAGAUGCCCAAACAGUCAAAUCUAACCUAGAGAGGUUGCUGAAUGAACAGCGGCAAGCCAGAAGAACCCUGGAAACAGCUGCAGAGGAAGCAUCAAACAAACAUAAAAAUGUAAUUGCAGUCCACACAAAAAUAUCAGAGUCUUUAAAAAUAUCUAAGCACAAGACAAACCAGAGUCAGGCAUACUUGGACAGCCUUGAGGCUACUGUAAAAGACAAGAAGAAUCUGCUGCAGAAAAUUGAUCGACAAAUCUCUGAUGAAAAUGAUAACAUGGUGAAAGACAUGCGCAGCUUUGAGGAUGCACUAAGUCAGCUGACAAAGGCCUUGAUCGCAGCAAAACAGCAAUAUUCUGAAGCGAAUCUACAGAAAACAAUUGAGGAAAGACUGGAGGAGUUCAAUAAACUGCAGAAACAAAGUCAAACAGUUUCGAAAGAAUUGGAGGCUGCUGCGAGCUAUUCUCGGAGUCUUGAGGGACGUGAAGUAGGGCCUGAGGGAGACGGGUUGGACAGGCAGGCAGUCUGGACUUUGAUGAACAAGGACCUUGAUUCAACAAGAGCUGAGGUAGCCAAGUUGUCUGAACAGCUUCAAAACCUGAACUGAUCGCUUUUAAGCCUGGUGUGAACAGUUUGUGACCUUGAGUAAAACAUUUUAACAGUCAGUCACAGUAUUAAAUAUAAAUAUUGUCAUCUAGCAUCUCCUUGUGAAAAUACUCUCCAUUUGUUCAGAUUCUUUGAAUGACAAAUCACCAUGCUGUUUGCAGAGAACAAUUUCCGUCAAAUGGUAUUCAACCAUUUUGUUACUAUGUGCUGUUAGUCAAAUGAAGAGUUGUUGUUUAAAAAGUGAAUGUUUUAGGGUUGCUUACCGUAUAAUGUUAUAUUAUGUAUUAAAGAA